AACCUUUAUAUGUCAAGCAUUUGUGAGAGUUUUAUACGGGCAAACGGCAACAAGCUAAUUAUGGAGUGUCCGUAAUUCAUAUAAAUCGUACUCAUCUUCUUGAAGUACCUAAUAUACUUUUGUUUUUGGUUAAAUUUUUGCUAUAAAGAAAAGAUAAACGACGUCGUAUGAUGAAAGAAAAAGUGGGGAAAAGAAGAUAAUAAUCGGAUAAAUAAAUAAAUAAAAUGACAAGACAGUGGAUUGAUUACUGGGACAAAAUUCACAUCUUUGUAACUUUGUGAACUGACGGAUGGUGAUUCAUUCAACAUCAUCAUAAAGCAAGAAGAUUCAAUCCACCUUCUUAAUUUCGCAGUCAGAUCUUACCACCCGCACCAACUUUCCCAUCAAUCUCUGGUGAGAAUUGAGAUACUUUACUUUCAGUUUCUUCCUUCUCUCUCAUCUUCGUAUGUUUUCAAUACUCUUCUUAAAUCUUAAUCACUCACUCACUCUUUGUGUAUGUGUCGCUAUUGCUAUUAAAGAUGACAGAACUCCAUCUCCAUGGUGGAUUAGUAAUUACUCAUGUGUUAAAUUAUUAGUUAUUUCAAAGAUGUUUGUGUGAUUAGCUUUUGCGAGUCUUUCUGUAUUACCUGGUUGUAAAAAUCGGAUCUUUCUUUGUUGUUCUUGUUUCUGAUUCAAAUUUUCAUUCUGUUGACCGGAAUAUCAAAUCCUUUGUUCAUUUAUUUAUUUUGGGUUCAUCAUUUUGAGUGCCUUGAUUUAGGUUUCGCGAAUUUCCUUCUGAGAUGAAACCCAAUUUCUAGAAAAAUAUCAUAAAAGUCUGCAAGGUUUGACUGAAAUCGCUGAUCAAUUAAGUCGAGCAUAGGAGUAUAGAAAUAGUAUGCAGUGUCAUCUAAUGAAAUGGUGAAACUAUAUAUAUAUGUAUGUAUAUAGGUGUGUUACUGAAGCAAUUAAUGGAAUAAGUGAGUAAUGGCUGCAGCUGAAGCAAGAGCAGCAUGGCAGCGAACUGCAAACCGUUGUUUUGUCCAAGAAGAUGCAAAAAGAGCUCCCAAAUUAGCAUGCGUCCCUCCAGCAUCCUCGUCUUCACUGUUUAAACAAGCCGACACUACUACACCUUCAACAAAUGGGAAUGGGGUGGACGAUUUUGCCCCUCCCACUGCCAACUCCAUGUACUCGAAUCUCUCUUCAGACUCAAGGUGGUGGCUUCAUUUGCAGCCUAACCCUAGUAACUAUAUGUACCAAAAGGAACAGGUCAGCAGCACAUUGGAAUUUGUCGACAUUAUGGAUUCUCAAUCAAGUGUGAAGGGUUAUUAUAAUUUAGGGGAAGAGUCUUAUGAGUUUGUGGAGAUGGAUUCUGGUUCUAAACAAGUGGAUGAGUUCAGUUUGGGGUCUGAAUUCCCUCACUGGAUGGAAAGGGAGAGUGAGAAUAGCCAUGAGGAGCUGCCAUUGCCAUGGUGGCACAAAGAUGACCUGGCAUCCUUUGUGGCACAGAGAUCACAAGAUUUCAUGGAGAAUUGUGAUCUGCCUCAGCCUCAAAGUCAAAACACAAGUUUCACCUGUUUUGGACUUUCAAAGCCACAAAAUUCAGCAAGCAUCCAUGGUACUGCUGUCAGACCUUUAAGUAGUACUACUACUACUACUACAGUAGCGGUUGAUGAAGGAGGUGAGAUGGAUCCAAGCAAGCGUAAGCUGUUAGAAGCACUCUGUCAUUCUCAAACGCGAGCAAGGGAAGCAGAAAAAGCAGCAAAACAGGCUUACGAGGAGAAACAACAUGUUGUGAAGCUCAUAUUCAAACAAGCUUCUCAGUUAUUCGCAUAUAAGCAAUGGCUCUAUCUUCUACAACUUGAGAAUCUUUAUAACCAAAUCAAAGCAAACAAGAUCCCAUCAGCUUCUCCAUGGAACGUGAAACCUGCCAAAAGGAAAACACCCAAACCAGGUUACAAAGAUAAUGAUGAUGAUGAUGAUUUAAUCGGUAAGUAUGCUGUGGCUUUUGCUGUUGGAUUAGGGCUUGUUGGUGCAGGUUUGCUUCUUGGGUGGACUGUUGGUUGGAUGUUUAUCAUUUAGUAUGUUUCAAGCAAUUGUAAGACCUAGUGUACAAAACUUGCGUUUUCUUCCAAUUCUUAGCUAGCAGACUGCAGUGUAUAAAUAUAGUUUUGUAACGAGUUUGCGGUUUAACUCUUGUGUUCA